AAAUCCAAUUUUCUCCCUCUUUUUAACAUUCAAGCUGACCCUUAUAUUGCCUUGAUUUGAUAGGUUAUUGCAGAACACUUGUUCCCUUGGUUGUUGAGGAGACAAAAGCCUAAUACAGCAAGCAAUCUUUCUGUCUUUUGUCCUCCUCUGUUUUGGUUUAAUUUCUUUGGUACUGAUUUUCUUGUCAUGGCUGAGAUCAAUUGUACUAAUGGAAACCAAGAAGUGGUUUUGAAUGUAAAUGGUGAAACCAAUACUCAUCUUCCUCCUCCUUCGGCUCCCAAAAGAAAAGACUCGAUCUCCGACAUCGGUUUAUCUGUAUCUUUCAUACAAAAGCUGAUGGCCGAGUUAUUGGGCACAUAUUUCUUGAUAUUUGCCGGUUGUGCGUCUGUGGUAGUGAAUGUAAACAAUGAGAAAGUGGUUUCGCUUCCGGGGAUUUCGAUAGUGUGGGGAUUGGCCGUGAUGGUCUUGGUUUACUCGGUUGGUCACAUCUCCGGUGCUCAUUUCAACCCCGCCGUCACCAUUGCUUUCGCUACUUGCAGAAGAUUUCCUCUCAGACAGGUGCCGGCUUAUAUAUUGGCUCAAGUUAUGGGAUCAACUCUGGCUGCCGGUACUCUACGGUUGUUGUUUAGUGGACCACACGAUGUGUUCGCCGGAACGUCGCCGCAGGGGUCGGAUUUGCAGGCUUUCGUUGUUGAGUUCAUCAUCACUUUCUAUCUCAUGUUCAUUAUCUCCGGUGUUGCGACUGAUAACAGAGCAAUUGGAGAGCUUGCCGGACUUGCAGUUGGCGCCACUGUGCUGCUUAAUGUGAUGUUUGCUGGGCCAAUUACAGGAGCAUCAAUGAACCCAGCAAGGAGCUUGGGACCUGCAAUUGUGUCGAACCAUUACAGAGGGAUAUGGAUAUAUCUGACCGCACCAACACUCGGGGCCGUCUCGGGUGCUUGGGUUUAUAACAUGGUGAGGUACACUGACAAGCCAUUGCGGGAGAUAACCAAGAGUGCUUCUUUCCUCAAGAGUUCACGUAAUUGUGGUUAAAAUUUUACUUGAAACC